UUAAAAAGAAUUAAUCAUCCAAUAAUAUUACUAGCUAGAAAAUGGUAAUUCACAAGAUUAUUAUUUUCUUAGUCAUUAUUGUUUGUUGCUGCAUUAUUAGUAGCACUAAUGCUCGAUUAUUAUCGGAUAAAUUAACGUGGAAAAGAUUAAUAAUUGUGGAUCAAUCAGGAGAAGGUCAUUACACAAAGAUACAAGAUGCAAUAGAUGCAGUUCCUUCUAAUAACGUAGAUUCUACGCUGAUUUUAGUGAAGCCAGGAAUAUACAAGGAAAAAGUAACGAUACCAGAAGAUAAACCCUACAUAAUACUUAGUGGAAGAAAUGCCUUGAAUACUACAAUUACAUGGAAUGAUAGUGGUGAUAUUUUCACCUCUCCAACUCUCUCUGUCUUUGCCUCUCAUUUUAUUGCCAGAUACCUCACUGUUCAGAAUACAUAUGGACAAGGAGCAAAGGCAGUAGCCGUAAGAGUUUCAAGUGACGAGGCAGAAUUUUACGCAUGUAGAAUAAUUUCAUAUCAAGAUACGCUUUUGGAUGAAAGUGGGAGUCAUGUUUAUCGUUAUUGCUACAUUGAAGGGGGCACUGAUUUCAUUUGUGGCAAUGCAGCCUCACUUUUCCAAAAUUGUCGCAUACAUUCAAUCUCAGAGUAUAAUGGAGCAGUAACGGCACAAAAGAGGACGAGUUUAGACGAAGACACAGGAUUUUAUUUUGUGGGUUGUAAAGUAACUGGAAUUAAAACAUUCACUUUGGGAAGGCCAUGGGGUCCUUAUUCUCGUGUUGUUUUUAUUUCCACUUACAUGUCUAAUACACUCAAUCCUAAAGGUUGGGAUGAUUGGGGAAAACCCUUCACGCAUAGUUCGGUGUACUAUGGUGAGUACAAAUGCUAUGGUCCUGGAGCCAAUCGAUCAAACAGAGUUGCGUGGUCACAGAACCUCUCAAAUCAACAAGUUGCUACCCUUAUGUCCAAGACAAUGCUUAGUCUCAAAUCAGGGCCACCCAUCAAGCCUUGAUAUGGUAUUCUAUGUAAAUUUAUGUCUCAUAGAUUUAUAGUA